GUUUCAAACACUUUGAAAAGAAGUAUCAGAGGGAAAGGAGUUGGAAAGGACUUCUGUUAAGGCCUGAAACAAAGCCCACAUCAUGGGGGAUGUGAAACUGGUGACAUCUACUCGAGUCUCCAAAACCUCCCUGACGCUCAGCCCCCCUGUCCCUGCUGAAGCACCAGCAUUUACUCUUCCUCCUCGGAAUAUCCGAGUGCAGCUGGGAGCCACAGCAAGAUUUGAGGGGAAGGUCAGAGGCUACCCCGAGCCUCAGAUCACGUGGUACAGGAAUGGGCAUCCUGUCCCAGAGGGAGACCAUUAUAUCGUGGACCGCAGCAUUCGAGGGAUAUUCAGCUUGGUAAUCAAAGGUGUACAGGAAAGUGAUGGUGGCAAAUACACCUGCGAGGCUGCAAAUGAUGGUGGGGUUCGUCAAGUGACAGUGGAACUGACAGUGGAAGGAAACUCCUUGAAGAAAUACAGCCUGCCAUCCAGUGCCAAAACCCCUGGGGGAAGACUUGCUGUUCCAUCUGUGGAGAAUAGGCCAAGCAUCUGGGGAGAGAGUCCACCCAAGUUUGCUACAAAACCCAAUAGAGUUGUUGUGCGUGAAGGCCAAACAGGCAAAUUCUCAUGUAAAAUAACAGGACGACCUCAGCCUCAAGUAACUUGGUUUAAGGGUGAUGUUCAGCUGCAGCAAAAUGAGCGUUUCAACAUGUUUGAGAAAACAGGCAUCCAGUUCUUGGAAAUCCAAAAUGCUCAGCUCACUGAUUCAGGAAUUUACACGUGCACAGUGGUAAACAGCGCUGGGAAGGCAUCUGUGUCUGCAGAGCUCACCGUUCAAGGUCCAGAUAAGACUGAGCCAUACACUCAGCCACCAUGCAUGCCAUCAAAACCAACAACACUUACCAUCAAAGCUGUUGAAAAUUCAGAAUUCAAACAGGCAACUAGCAAUGGGAUUGCUAAAGAGCUGAAAUCCAACAACACUGAAUUCAUGGUUGAAACCAAAGACAGGGUGUCAGCAAAAAAAGAGACCUUUUACUUCUCCAGAGAAGCCAAAGACAUUAAGCAGGGACAGCACCAAGAAUCCAAUGCAGUGUCUCCUCAAGAACCUAAAGAAGGAAAAAAGGGAUCCCAGGUUUUGCAGAAAACUUCAAGCACCAUCACACUACAAGCUGUCAGACUGCAACCAGAACCAAAGGCAGAACCCCAGGCCACUUUCAUCGGACCAGGUGAAGACAGGAAAAGGUCUGUGCAGCCCCUGCUGUCCACUCAGCAAACCCCAACUCUCACAGGGCAAGUCAGUCCAAGAAGUAGAGAAGCAGAAAACAGAUCUGGAGCCCGGAAGGCUGUAAUGGAGGAGAAGAGGGAGCCUCUAGGAAUUCCCCCUCAGUUUGAGAGCCGUCCACAGAGCCUGGAAGCAUCAGAAGGCCAGGAGAUUAAAUUCAAGAGCAAAGUUUCAGGGAAACCAAAACCAGAUGUGGAGUGGUUCAAAGAGGGUGAACCUAUUAAAGCUGGAGAAGAUGUCCAAAUAUAUGAAGAAGAUGGAAUUCAUUGCCUAUGGUUAAAGAAGCCCUCGUUGGGGGACAGUGGAUCAUACACCUGUACAGCUUUCAACCCCAAAGGCCAGACUUCCACCAGCUGGUUGUUAACUGUCAGAAGGCCUAAGGUUCAAGAGGUUGCUCCGUGCUUUUCCAGUGUCUUGAAAGGAUGCACCGUGAGUGAAGGGCAAGACUUUGUGCUGCAGUGCUGUGUAGGAGGAGAACCUGUACCUCAGAUCACAUGGCUUCUCAACGAUCAGCCAAUUCAGUAUGCCCAUUCCACUUUUGAAGAUGGAGUUGCAAAAUUGACUGUCCAAGAUGCCCUACCAGAAGAUGAUGGUAUUUAUACCUGUCUGGCUGAAAACAACACGGGACAGGCAUCUUGCAGUGCUCGGGUCACAGUCAAAGAAAAGAGCAGCAAGAAGGCAGAAAGUGCACAGACUGCCAAGUUAAACAAGACUUUUGCACCCAUCUUCCUUAAAGGCCUGACUGACCUCAAAGUAAUGGAUGGAAGUCAAGUGAUAAUGACUGUCGAGGUAUCAGCUAACCCACCUCCUGAAAUUAUUUGGCUGCACAAUGGGAAAGAAAUCCAGGAGACAGAGGAUUUCCACUUUGAGAAGAAAGGUAGUGAGUACAGUCUGUACAUCCAGGAAGUAUUUCCUGAAGACACAGGCAAAUACACCUGUGAAGCCUGGAAUGAAUUAGGAGAAACUCAAACGCAGGCUACAUUGACAGUACAAGAACCUCAGGAUGGUAUUCAGCCCUGGUUCAUUAGCAAACCGAGAUCAGUGAUAGCAGCUCCUGGGCAACCUGUCCUUAUAUCCUGUGCCAUUGCUGGAGAUCCUUUCCCCACUGUUCACUGGUUUAAAGAUGGGCAAGAAAUAAUGCCAGGAGCAGCAUGUGAAAUCCUGCAAAAUGAAGACAUCUUCACACUGAUCUUGAGGAAUGUGCAGUCUCAUCAUGCAGGGCAAUAUGAAAUCCAGCUCAGGAACAAAGUUGGAGAAUGCAGCUGCCAGGUGUCUCUGAUGCUGUGGAAGAGUUCAGCUUCCAGAGCAGAAAUGCUCAGAGAUGGGAGGGAAUCAGCCAGCCCCGGAGAGCGAAGAGAUGGUGGAGAUCAUGGUAAACUAACAUUUGGUAGAACAAGUGGCUUCAGAAAGAAUAGCAGCGAAACCAGAGCAGCUGAGGAAGAGCAGGAAGACGUCCGAGGCGUGCUGAAGAGGCGAGUGGAAACUCGGGAACACACAGAGGAGAGCCUGAGGCAGCAGGAAGCUGAGCAACUUGAUUUCCGUGACAUUUUAGGCAAGAAAGUCAGCACCAAAAGUUUUUCUGAGGAGGAACUGAAAGAAAUCCCAGCCGAGCAAAUGGACUUCCGAGCAAACCUGCAGCGGCAGGUCAAACCCAAGACCUUGUCAGAGGAGGAAAGGAAAGUUCAUGCUCCUCAGCAGGUGGACUUCCGUUCUGUGCUGGCCAAGAAGGGCACCCCAAAAACCCCAUUGCCAGAGAAGGCACCACCUCCUAAACCAGCUAUUACAGAUUUCAGAUCUGUGCUGGGUUCAAAGAAAAAGCCACCUGCAGAGAAUGGCAGCGCCAGCACCCCAGCACCAAAUGCCCGCACCAAUUCUGAAGCCCAGAAUGCGACCCCCAAUUCUCAAGCCCCUGUUGCCAAACCAGCAGUGAAAAAAGAAGAGAAGAAUGACAGAAACUGUGAACAUGGGUGCGCAGUUGUGGAUGGUGGAAUAAUUGGGAAAAAAGCUGAAAACAAACCAGCAGCAAGCAAACCACCUGUAAGCAAAGGAACAGCACCCUCCUCUACAGAGAAGGUUCAGGAUGCUCAAGUAGUAGAUGGCGGAAUAACUGGGAAAAAACCUGAAAACAAACCAGCAGCAAGCAAACCACCUGUAAGCAAAGGAACAGCACCCUCCUCUACAGAGAAGGUUCAGGAUGCUCAAGUAGUAGAUGGCGGAAUAACUGGGAAAAAACCUGAAAACAAACCAGCAGCAAGCAAACCACCUGUAAGCAAAGGAACAGCACCCUCCUUUACAGAGAAGCUUCAGGAUGCUCAAGUAGUAGACGGUGAAAAAUUGGUCUUACAAUGUCGGAUUUCCUCUGAUCCCCCUGCAGCUGUCACCUGGACUCUAGACAGCAAAGCCAUCAAAUCAUCAAAGUCCAUUGUCAUCUCCCAAGAAGGGACACUGUGUUCACUUACCAUUGAGAAGGCCACACCUGAAGAUGGUGGAGAAUACAAAUGCAUAGCUGAGAACACAGCAGGAAAAGCUGAAUGUGCUUGCAAAGUGCUGGUAGAAGAUGCCUCAUCCACAAAGACCUCAAAGCCUACUGAUAAAAAGACUGAUAAAAAGAAGCCUAAGACCACACUUCCCCCUGUGCUGCCAACAGAGAGUGAAGCAACAGUGAAGAAGAAACCAGCUCCAAAGACUCCUCCAAAAGCAGCUGCUCCUCCUCAGAUUACUCAGUUCCCAGAAGACAGAAAAGUCCGUGCGGGUGAAUCAGUGGAACUGUUUGCCAAGGUGGUAGGAACAGCACCCAUAACUUGCACCUGGAUGAAAUUUCGUAAGCAGAUUGAAGAAAAUGAAUAUAUUAAAAUUGAGAAUGCUGAAAACAGCAGCAAGCUCACAAUAUCAUCAACAAAGCAGGAACACUGUGGAUGUUACACCCUCGUUGUAGAGAACAAACUUGGCAGCAGACAAGCACAAGUCAACCUUACAGUUGUUGAUAAACCAGACCCACCUGCUGGAACACCUUGCGCAUCAGACAUCCGGAGUUCCUCCCUCACUCUCUCAUGGUACGGUUCCUCUUACGAUGGUGGAAGUGCUGUGCAGUCCUACACCGUGGAGAUCUGGAACUCAGUGGAUAACAAAUGGACAGACCUCACUACCUGCCGCAGCACCUCUUUCAACGUGCAGGACCUGCAGGCUGACCGGGAGUACAAAUUCCGCGUGCGAGCUGCGAACGUGUACGGCAUCAGCGAGCCCAGUCAAGAAUCGGAGCUGGUAAAAGUUGGAGAGAAACAAGAAGAACUUAAAGAGGACGAAGCGGAGCUAUCUGACGAUGAAGGGAAAGAAACAGAGAUCGAAUAUCGGACGGUUACUAUCAACACUGAACAAAAAGUUUCAGAUGUCUAUAAUAUCGAAGAAAGACUUGGAUCGGGGAAAUUUGGACAAGUCUUUAGGCUUGUUGAAAAGAAGAAUGGAAAAGUUUGGGCAGGAAAAUUUUUCAAAGCAUAUUCUGCUAAGGAAAAAGAAAAUAUAAGGGAGGAAAUCAGCAUCAUGAACUGUCUACAUCAUCCAAAACUUGUCCAAUGUGUAGAUGCCUUUGAAGAAAAAGCCAACAUCGUUAUGGUCUUGGAAAUGGUUUCUGGAGGAGAACUCUUUGAACGAAUCAUUGAUGAAGACUUUGAACUGACAGAGAGAGAGUGCAUUAAAUAUAUGAAGCAGAUUUCAGAAGGAGUUCAGUACAUCCAUAAGCAGGGAAUUGUCCACUUGGAUUUGAAGCCAGAAAAUAUUAUGUGUGUCAACAAGACCGGUACAAGUAUUAAGCUCAUUGACUUUGGACUUGCAAGAAGAUUAGAAAAUGCAGGUUCUCUGAAAGUUCUCUUUGGGACACCUGAGUUUGUGGCUCCAGAAGUUAUAAACUAUGAACCUAUUGGAUAUGAAACAGAUAUGUGGAGUAUAGGAGUUAUCUGCUACAUUUUGGUCAGCGGACUUUCUCCUUUCAUGGGAGACAACGACAACGAGACGCUCGCCAAUGUCACCUCAGCAACGUGGGACUUCGACGAUGAGGCUUUUGAUGAAAUCUCCGAUGAUGCCAAGGACUUUAUCAGCAAUCUCCUCAAGAAAGACAUGAAGAGUCGCUUAAAUUGUACUCAAUGUCUUCAGCAUCCUUGGCUGCAAAAAGACACCAAAAACAUGGAAGCCAAAAAACUUUCCAAAGAUAGGAUGAAGAAAUAUAUGGCCAGAAGAAAAUGGCAGAAAACAGGCCAUGCUGUCCGAGCAAUAGGAAGGCUGUCGUCCAUGGCAAUGAUUUCUGGUAUGAGUGGGAGGAAGGCCUCUGGGAGCUCGCCUACCAGCCCUAUAAAUGCAGACAAAGUAGAGAAUGAAGAUGCUUUCCUUGAAGAAGUGGCUGAAGAAAAGCCCCAUGUAAAGCCAUAUUUUACUAAAAAAAUCCUUGACAUAGAGGUUGUGGAAGGAAGUGCUGCUAGAUUUGACUGCAAAAUUGAAGGCUAUCCUGACCCUGAGGUGAUGUGGUACAAAGAUGAUCAGCCUGUCAAGGAGUCCCGUCACUUCCAGAUAGAUUACGAUGAGGAGGGGAACUGUUCUUUGACUAUUGCUGAAGUUUGUGGGGACGAUGAUGCCAAAUACACCUGCAAAGCUGUUAACAGCCUCGGGGAAGCCACGUGCACCGCAGAACUCCUUGUGGAAACGAUGGAAGGAAAAGAAGAAGAAGAAGAUGAGGAGGAGGAAGAAUGAAACAAGGCUCAAAGGAAAAAAAAUUGAAAAAAAUAUAUUUAAAGACUCUCCAUAUAAGGCUCAGUUAUCAAAGCCAAGUUAUCAAAAGCACCUUGUGUGAUACGUAGGUCUUUGGGGGGUUGUUUUUUCAGCAUGAUCAGUUGAUACCUGUUUGCUUUAUGUACGGGCAUUAAUUCAAAUCAGCAGGCAAUUUUAAGUUGCUCGCUUGAUUGGAUUUACUUUAAGCAAGUCAUCGACUAAGUUGCCCAGUCAAUUUUUAAAAUCAAAUGUACGGAAAACAAUUCUAGAGUUAAAUUCUGAACGUCUUAGAGAAAAGCAGUCUAUUUAGACUAUAUAGAGCCUAUUGCUCUAUACCACCACUUUCCUGCAGCUAAGCUGGCGCCCCAAGAUCUACUCGACAAGGAGCGGUUUGCCAGACACGCAGUGAAUCUCUCCAGUCUAAAGAAAGAGGCUGCUCCCCGAGCAGUACCUUCUAUAGGGGAAGGUCUGACACAGCCAGCAUUGCAAUUUGUACCGUGCUAUGGUUCAUUUUUCAUCUGUUUUAAACAGAAUUUCACAGUCCUAACUUAAAACUACUGCCCUUUCUCAGUGCGCUGUCGGUGCCGUUGUAAUACUGGCUGAAGUUAAACGCCCAGGUGGUUUCCUGAGAUACUUCUGGUCUUGCUUUUAACCAGCGGAUCACACCUUGUCACUUUCCCUUAUAGAACCUGCCACUUCCCCGCAGUUACAGCUGCUGACUUAAGAAACAGACUGAAAACACAGAGACUGAGAAUAUUUUCUGGUGUUCUGGUCAGCCUAAUAAUGACUUGUGAUUCAUGUAUAUGCUGCUGUGAAAAAAACCCCAGGUUAUUGCACAAUCAGUGACUUCUCUGUGCAUGUGUGUGAAUGGAAUCCCAGGUUAGUUAAAGUUUUACUUGCAUUUAUUUGGCAAUUGCAAAACAGAUUUCAACUGAUGAUAAGCUGGAAACUCCCACAGAUUUUUGGAGUAGCCAAAAAGAUAGUAGCCUGGAUUACAAACUCCUUUAUACUUAGCAGUUUCCAAAGAGUCUUAACCUAUAUAGGACCUAUUUCUACCUUAUGAGCUUGACUGUCUUGUUUUUGUCAUGAACCUGCACCAGUAAGGCUGUUGCGUUUUUAAAAAUGAAGAAAAACAAAACAAAACAAAGACAUCCAAAACCCAGUGUUGUUUUUUUUUUUUUUCCUUUUCUCAGACAUGGUUAAUGCACUCAGAUUUAGUAACUUUGCUUUCCUUUCACAGUAUUGGCACUUUUUAAUUAUUUUUUUUUGUUGCUGUUCAGAGGUAAUAUCAGAAGCUGCAAGGUGAUAUGCAUAAUCCAAAACCAGUGUGUCUUAUAUCUAUGUAUCGUUCCAAAAGCGAUUCUUUUUCUUUUCCACUUUUUGUGUGUAAAGUGCAACCGUUUGCAUUUCAAAGGUUACCUCUUUUAAAAAAAAAAACAAACAACAAACCAUUACCUUAAAACCUCACCAUUAAGUAGUCAGUGUACUUUAAUACAGGUGUGUACAAUAUCAGCCUUAGGUUGUUUGAUAUUACCUAGUUGUGUAUGUGUUUCAUAUGAUUUGCUCUUCUACAUUCAAAGCUCCACUAAUGUGGAUGACACGAUGGUUUUUGACUGCUUUACUCUCUGUUGCUAAGUUCAGAUUGCCAGCAUGUCUCUUCUUUUUCAAUUGAUAAAAACCUCUUGUUAUACUAAACACAGUAUUGCCACAAUUCCUUAUACAGAAAGGUUUCGAAUCUGAUUUAGAGCAUACAGAGCUUUUCUCACGUUUUGGUUUUUUUUUUUUUUUAAUGUUUUAGGCAACAACGGGGUGUAUUUUGUACCUUAAUAAAAAUAUGCUAAUGUUCUCCCAGUUUGUUAAACCAUCAGAAUUGCAAAGAUGAGAACGCUACGGCUGUAGUUACUCACAGUUCCUAAAUAAAUAAUACCACAAAGCA